AUGCUUUUUGCUGCCUUUCUAUUUUCUCUGUUGGAAUGGUGGCCUCAUUGCUGCUUUGGUGAAAAUCAAGGUGAGGUAGCUACUAACAAUUCAAUAUUUGUCAAAACGUUUUUGUCUUUAAAUCGUACAGCCACAGCCUAUCUAACUACUAAGGGUCGUUUUCCUUACAGGUAGCAUAAAUGCUUAUGUUCAAAUGAAGUAUUCAGUGUGUCUUUUUAAACGCAUGCAGAUUUGCGAUCGAGCGAAAAGAAAUGAAAAUUUCAAAGUUGACGAAGAUUAAUUCCCAUUGUAAGGAAAGUCUCAAGUCAGUUCCUUCGUAAAGAAGUUACAGAAUGUUUUUACUGUGGGAGCCCAUUUCUACCCAAUUUUUUUAUCGAUCUACCAAACUCGUUAAAUUUAAGGCCGCAAAAUUUCUAUGCUGCACAAUAAUAACAAAUGAUAUGAACACCUAUUUUUUUUAAUUUAGGUGUUUACUUCAUCAUAAUAUAAUUCUACAACAGAAAAUAAAAUAUGGCUGGAAAUGACACGAUUAUUCUGGAGUUAAAAUAAUUUAUGCACUGGUAAUGGCAAUCUCAAUUGCCAACUGUUAGAUGCAUGAGAAUCCUUAGAAAGUAGAGAUUUCGAUCAACUCCCUCUUUUUUUGAAGCAAAAAUCGUCGAUGUACGCGGUAGAACGCUUAGCCGAGGUAAGGAUACUGGAGUGUCUGGAGUGGCUUAUGCCAAUUUUAUGUCUCACACCUUUUCGUAUCUGAACAUCACUGGUAUUGCUUCGAAUUACGUUAUGAAUGGUGGCGAGUGUGGAUUUGCUUGUGUCAACACACCGUCGUGUUUCUCCUUCAACCUGGUUUUAAUUCAAGAUAUAGUCGGUAAAGUGCUGUGUGAGUUACUUCCAUCGGACAUGUACAACAACUCAGACAAGUUUGUAUACAGCUCGAGUCACCAUCACUAUAGUAUCAGGGUGAGUGUUAGAUUUAAAACUUCACAUUGCUUCUUUUUGAGUUGAAUUGCGUCUGGAUUAACGAUCUUUUGCCAUGAACCAGGCCUAGAAAGGAUCGAUCAGGUUUCAUUCAUGCCUUUCAUUGCUGCUCCUGUGCGCAAAGUUGGAUAUGUUGUGAGUAGAAAAAACAUGUACUACCAAAUAUGUUCAUCUGAAUAAUUAUCUUUUUAUUCUUAAAUUCUCUAGUCUCCUUGUAUCAGUUCGCCUUGCCAAAACAAUGGAAAGUGCGCCGCACUAUACGAGAGGAACAACUACACGUGUGAUUGCGUGAAUGGCUACACAGGGAAACAUUGUGAAACUGGUAACACACCUUCAAUUUAACGUUCAAUCUGUAAGACUCUUUCAAUGUACAUUUUCCUAUCGAUGGAGGACUGAAAUACUGGUCGUUUUGGGCUUUUUAUCAAAUAUUUCAUUCUUGUUACUUAUUUCCUCUGGACCAUUUCACGUCUAGUUGAACUUAUUUUCUUAUGAUUUUCAGUCGUUUCGAUUUGGACUCUUAUCGCUCGAUUUUCAAAUGACGACACCAAGAACUGGAUGGCUGAUAGCGGCUAUUGGUGGUACGACAAGCAAGUUGCCAUGGGGACAACAAGUAGUACUACUGAAAACGCCGACAUGAUCUCACCCGCCUUUUGGUUGACCAGCGGAAAUGAGCUUAAAAUCACGCGCAGUGAUGACACCAAUCACAUUCCCCUGUUACAGACCACAGGUAACUGUUUGACCGGACAAACAUUCCGAUCUAAACUCAAGAGUUAUGGAAACUUUAGAAACGGCACAGUUUGGGCCAGUGACCAGUGUUUAGGAAACUGUACGGUUAUAUAUGGCGGACAAUAUAUGUCAACAGACGGGUUUCAACAAGCUGAGUGCAACGGAACCAUCCAAAGUCUCAACAAGAUUGGCUUUUGGUGUGAUUGGAGCUCUGGUGAUGGAGCAGUGAUGAUGAUUGGUGGAGGAGGAAGUAAAUGUGAUCGUGCAGAUCACGGGAUUGGAAUUACAGAGGCUAACGCUGCUUCGUUUGUAGAUGGGGGCACAGAUGAAUUUGACUUUGGUUAUGACGCUAAUACAGGAAAAACUGCAUCCCAGUCCUAUGCGCUGAACUUGUGGAUUCGUUGA